CCAUAUCUAUAUAGGAUUAUAAUUGUUGCUCACAGUUUUUGGUGUUGGAUUAAUUGCAUGAGACUAUCCUUGUUCAGCUCAACUUCAAAUUCCUAUAUCUUUUCUAAUUGGUAAUAAUCUCAUAAUCAAUUUCUCUCCUUAAAUACUACAAAUAGUGUUCCUCUCUCGUUAGUUCGUUAAGCCUAGAAUUCUACUACUUCUUUGACAACACAAGACAGUUUUCAGGUUCUAUUUUUGUGGCAUUAUAUUCACAAUAAUCAUUUUCAGGUAAAGUAGUUACUUGGUACAGUUAAUGUCAUGAAUUUUCAACUUACUAGCAUUUAUCAAGUUGUCUUCUUUAAUUAGAAAAUGGCGUAUGAAACAACUAACUUACGUUUUUUUUUUUUUUUUUGAACUGGUUGUGUAGAUAACAUUAUGGUUUUGGAUGCGUUAGUGAGAUUGGGGGCAUUAUCAGGUUCAGAUGAUCAAGUGUUUGUAGAUUUAACUCUAUUUGUGGCACUUCUCUGUGGAUGUAUUGUGAUCGGUCAUCUUCUUGAAGAGAGCCAAUGGACUAAUGAGUCGAUUACAGCACUAAUUAUCGGUUUAUGUACUGGAGGCAUCAUUUUACUAACUACAAAUGGAAAAAGCUCUCGUCUUUUAGAAUUUGACGAACAGCUUUUCUUUAUCUAUGUUAUACCACCCAUUAUAUUCAAUGCCGGUUUCCAGGUGAAAAAGAAGCAUUUUUUCAGGAAUUUAGGGACCAUUGUUCUGUUUGGUGUCCUCGGCACAUUGAUAUCUUUCGGCAUCAUAGCAUUUGGUACGCCCUGCUUCUUCAGUACCCUAAUUCACGGUUUGAAGUUAAGUGAUUAUCUUGCGAUCGGAGCUAUAUUUUCAGCGACGGACUCUGUUUGCACGUUACAGGUGCUUAAUCAGGACGAGACACCUCUUCUCUACAGCCUCGUCUUUGGAGAAGGUGUUGUAAAUGAUGCUACAUCAGUGGUACUUUUUAAUGCAAUCCAGAAAUUCGACCUCUCAAACAUCAACUCACGAGUGGCCUUAUCGUUCACUUCAAAUUUUCUAUACCUAUUUUCUGCAAGCACUGUGCUGGGAGUGCUUGUUGGGUUGCUAAGUGCUUAUAUAAUCAAAAAGAUAUACGAUGGAAAGAACUCAACCGAUCGUGAAGUUGCUCUCAUGAUUCUCAUGGCUUACCUUUCGUAUGUUAUAGCAGAACUGUUUGAUUUAAGUGGAAUUCUUACAGUAUUUCUCUGUGGGAUUGUCAUGUCACACUAUACCUGGCAUAAUGUGACCGAUGAUUCUAAGGUGACAACAAGGCAUGCUUUUGCAACAAUGUCAUUUAUUGCGGAGACUUUCAUUUUCCUUUAUGUUGGAAUGGAUGCUUUAGAUAUCGAGAAAUGGAGAUUUGUUAGCCACAACACUCCUGGAAAAUCUGUAGCAGUGAGUUCUGUGGUACUUGCCCUGGUUAUGGUUGGACGAGCGUGCUUUGUGAUUCCUUUAUCCAUGUUAUCCAAUUGGUGGACAUCUAAGCAUGAUAAGAUUGGCUGCAAGCACAUGGUUACAAUAUGGUGGGCUGGUCUGAUGCGAGGAGCUGUCUCCAUGGCUUUGGCUUAUAAUCAGUUUACGAGAUCUGGCCAGAAACACUUGAUUGGAAAUGCAGUCAUGAUCACUAGCACAAUUGCAAUUGUCCUCUUCAGUACAAUGGUGUUUGGGCUGCUAACAAAGCCUCUCAUAAGGUACUUGCUACCUCCAUCACAACAUUUCAACAGCAUGAGUUCUUCCGAAUUCUCCUUCAUGCUACCACUUCUCAAUGGGAUAGAAGAUGAUGAAGGUGAUGUUCCUCGAAUAAGAAGUUUGACAUUGUUACUGAAAAGACCCGCACAAGCCAUUAUGUAUUUUUGGACAAAGUUUGAUGAUGCUUUUAUGCGCCGCGUGUUUGGAGGGAGGGAUUCCAUGCCAGACACACCAGUAUUAUCGAAUGAAGGAAGUGAUCGCGAUUCAGAAUUUGAAAGUUGUCUUAAUAUAUGUCUCGAGUAGAAAAUAGGUUUCUAGGAUAGCCAAUUUUCCUAGCAAGUGUCAACCUUAACCAGGAAC